UGAUACGGGAUAAUAAUAAACGGUGAAACGUAAUUAAUUUGAUAAAUUUAGUAAUGCCCCAUUUAAAUUCUAAAGAUAAACGGUGGACAAGCGUAUAGGCUCGGAACGGUCUGAAGCCUACGUCUCGCUCUGCUACCCUCCAGCCCCUUUUGUGUAAAAUCAAUAUUUCUAGGCAGAGUGGGCAUAAGGUGAGAGAAACGAUGGACCGGAGAAGGGGUGCAUAAUCGUACUCCUACUCUAUAAGCAAAGCCUGUUGCUGCUGCCACAUUUCAAAGUUCGUCCUUCCGAUAACUCGCUCCCUCGAUUGGAAAAAGAAAACAAUAACAAUUCGACCCUCGCGAUUCCACGCAUCAGAAAAACGUAGUCAGUGAUGUUCUGUGAAUACCGGACCGAAGAUCAUGGAUAAACUAACAAAUUGGACCCAUGGUAUGAACGUAUCGUUGACGACGUCGACACCUGGUCAAAGUUGUGCCUCGAAUUUGUCAGCAUCUUCGAUUUUGGAUAAAAUACUGAUAAUCGGUCCGUCGGCAGUGUCGAUAAAUCAAGAGCUGAAAUGGAUCUUUUUCUUACACACCUAUGGUUUUGCCUGCCUUUUCUUUGUACUCGCGUUUUACACGUUUUUAUCUAUUCUACAUCUAAGAUCUCUUAUAUCGAGCCGAUCUUUCAUGUCGACGAUUAACAUGUUUUUAUGUAUACUCGGAGCAUCGAGAGCGAUAUGUCUGUUCAUAGAUCCGUACAAUAUGAAAGAUAUCAUGCCGAAGAUUACCGGAUCCAUAGUCUGGGACAUUGGAUUCCCAUGCGUGACUUCUGCUUUCAGCCUUAUACAAUUGGCUUUCCUGCAACUGACACAACUGAAAUUCGGACCAGAAAAACUUCAGAAAGAAUCUUGUCUUAGUCUGAUCAUUACUGGUCACUUUUUUUUCGUAAUCGCGAGUGACAUCGCUCUCACGUCGCACAAUUGUUACAUGGUGAAAUACGUGGUCCAAACGGUAUUCCUCGCCUGGAGUAUUCUUUUGUACUUGACGUUUCUACACGCAGGAUUUAAAAUACUUCGUUUGUUAAAAACUGUGCCAAGUAGCAUGUUAAUGAGGGACAGUUCCAAUACGAAUCAGAAAGGUAUCCUACAAUUGGCAAUGUUAGCUCCUUACAAUAACUUGGCAUCGUCUGUUGCUGCUGCCUUAGUACCCACCUUGCUCAAUUCUAAAGCGAAAGACGCAGUAAUACCGGAACCGAGUACUCUCGUGAAGGAGUCGGAUAUAAAUACGGAAGAUCCGGUUACGAAGAAAGAGGAGGAGCAAAUGCAAAAGGAGUGCGACAAGUCUCCUUGCAAAAGCAUUUCGUCUCAAGAGGAGAGAACGAUCCCUGUGUCAACGGUGCCAGAAGUGUACGUCCGGCCGCCGACACCCACACCGUCGACAGCUAAUGUACCUAUAAUAACAGUAUCCAGCCCAAGCCGUAGAAGUUCUGUAGCUUCGAGUAGACGAGAUAGCGACGCUUCAAAGUCGUCUCGUAGGAAUUCCGAGUGUAGCGUUAGAUUUAUCAACGAGGAGGAUGGGUUUCCGUCCUCCUGUCGACGCAAUACCGAGUUUAGCCCUAAGCAUUCGCCCGAAAUUGAUAGAAGGCGGUCACCGGAUAAGAUGAUUCGGAGGCACUCCGAGAACGUUACGCCUCUGGGAAGUGUUAAGGAUUUGAGACGAUGCUCGGACUUCUCACAUGAGAGGUACAGAAGUUCUCAGUUCGCUGCUAAGUUGAAGAGGAACAGUGAUUUCGGGAACAGGACGCCCAGGCGAAUGUUGCCGCCGAACGAGCAGAGAUUGUCAAGAGUGAUCGAUUUAAGCCCUACAGGAUCAAGGCGCAACUCCGAUGUCAGUGGCUUUGUCUCUAGACCCGACCUACGUAGAAACUCGGACAUUUCUUAUCGACGUAACUCGGAACUGCCCAAAGUGAAACCCUUGGACUUGACCCGACGAAGCAGCGAUAUUAGUAUAAGAAGUUUGAGCAGGAGUCCGACUCACGGUCGUAAUACCAUAAUUCCUGAGAAGAUGGAGAUACAAGAGAAGUCGGAAUCCGAUUCGGACCAGCCUGACUGCAGCGAAAAGGCGGCUUUAAUGACGGAGAAAAAUAAAGAUAAAAACGACGAUGGGAAACGGAAGAAAAGUCUAUCCUGGAAGAACGAGAAAGAAAGAGAGAAUGUCGAAGACAUAACUGUGGAAACCAAUCUACUUCCCGAAAGUACCAAAACCGACGGGAAAGUUUCGAAUACCGAUUUCACGCUCCAUUCGAUAUUGAAUCACAUUGCGUACGUCAAUCGGACUAAGUCUGAUGCGCCUUUGCAAAUAGAAGCGAACACGGCGUCGAUUAGGAGAUCUCAGAUACGGAAAGUGUUGAACGUCACUUAUGCGACUGCGAUUCUGGGAAUCAUUUUAUGUCUCGCAGACGUGGCGCGUAUCUUUGGACCAUACGGGCUAUUAGCUGAGACUGUGAAAUACGGUUCACAGCCUGUCGUCAGCCAGUAUCCGAAACCAUGGCCCUGGUUUAUUUACCAAACGCUCUGCAGAAGUGUAGAGCUGAUCAUAGGAUGGGCAAUGGCUAGCAUCACUAAGCAACCGUCGGCGAGUCCGCGGCACCAAUACCUAAGCGGUUAUCCCAAUUAUAACGUACACUUGAAAAGAGGUAACAAUCCUUACAUAUAAAGCAAUAUGCAUAUUUUUAAGAUAAUCAAACGUUUCCAAUGCCAAAGUAAAUAUUUUUGAAAAGCUUUACAUUUUAGUUUAGUUUAAAUCGUUCGAUUUCGUAUAAAUAUAUUCUAUGGUAUAUUUCUUCGAAAUACAGAGAUCAGUUUCUAUUUAUUUUAAUAAUCUCCCAUUAAUGUCCGGGCACACUUCAGAAUAGAAUAAUUUUUUCAAUAUUGGAUUAAAUGACUUGAAUUUUCUUUGGGAUGUUAACAAGUUUAGUUUACUACAUAAUAUGUAACAAAGAAUUGAAAAUAUUUCUACUCGUUCGAAUCUCGGAAAAAAAGGGCUUGAUUUUUUUUAAUAGGACUUCCAAGAAUGAAUUAUAAGUAGCCUGAGGAUUUUAUACGUUUAUGAGAAAAUUGAAUGUACACGAAAUAUAAAUACUAUAUGUAAUGCAUAAAAAGAUACAGAAUAGCCAAUGCAAAGUGCAUAUUGCAAUCUUUGAAUGACAAAAGAAACUUCUAUUUGAAACACAUUUUUUAAAC